AAGAGAAAAACCUGGGACCAUCUGGAUAGAUUUUUUAAAAAAAUGUUUGACACCACCCUUCCUGAUUAAGAACAAAAACCAAAACCCCUCUCAGCCCUGCAGGAGUGGGGGGAACUUCCUCAUCUUAGGGGGGCUGGGUUCCCUGGGGGCCGGGGCCUGAGGGAGGGGUGGGAUUUCCCAGCAGAGCUGCCGGUGGGGCCGGGGUCCCGCAGGGCUUCCAGAAACUCCCGCACAUAACAAGUUAGGGACCGCAUUACUGCUCACUCGGGGACUUUGUAGGACAAACUCCAGCCCCAAACUUUCACGAGGGCCCUGUAAGGAGACUCCUCGGAACCUCGGCCCGGCUGCACCCACCAGCCCGAAACCGCCAUGGGGCCCUUCCCCAGUGCUGGCCAAGCCCCCUCCUCGCUGAGUGCGCCCCCGCCCAGGCCCAGGCCCAGGCCCGCAGAGCACUGGGCAUCCUCUCGCCAGCAGGUUUCUGGGGGCCCGUACCCGACAUUUCCGGGAAGUGCUGGCGUGGAAACGUCACCUCUGAUGUGAGAUGACACUGGGGAGGGUUGGGGCUGAGGCGGCAGCCUCGGCAAAACGCCCCCCAUGCGCUGGGAACCACCGCGUCCACUGCUUCGGAAAACCACCCAGGCCGUGGCGGCUGCUCCUGGGCAGGUGGAGCGGUGUCGCCCUGCGACGCAGACGCACGCGCAGCAGGCCGGGCACCCGGGGAGCCGCUUCGCAGACUGCAGAGCGGGUGCUGCCUGGCAGGCGGAAAUCGGGGCUCUCAGGCGCCCCACACGCCACAGGUCCGGGGUUGCUCCUGAUCGCACCGGCCCCCGAGCGAUCACAUUCCCAGGCACAACUCGGCUCCCGGGUGUCUCUGCCGCUGCUGCCAGAGCCACUGUCCUGAAACCCUGCUGCUGGCAGCAGCCUUCUCGUCCUGGGCGCUCACACCCGAGUUUCUGGUGGGUGGACACAGGGUGUCUCCAGACCUGGAGACACAUCAGCUGGGGCCAGAGGCCCCAGGGGCAUCCUGGACUCAGACCUCCGGCUUCCCACGAGAGAAGCUCAGCAACUGCUGUCGUCCAGAAGAGAAGGCACAGGCGGCUCUCCCUGGGGACACAACACCCUUGCUUGGGGGACAGCCCCCACCCCUUUCAAGACUGGUGCUCUGUGUCCGCUGAGCACGCAGGGUAUUCACACUGGGGACACAUGUCCUGAGACAGCACCACGACAGAAGGAGGACCUGCAGGACUCGGCCAGGUGGCCCACACUUGCAGCUCCUCGCCCUGACCAGCACCUGGCUGGUGCCCACACGACCUCAGGGAUGCCGACAGGAUGCACAGCUGUCACGAGCACACAUCCGACUUGACCCACUGAGAGAUGGUGACUUCUGCAAAGCACGCAGUAGCAGUGUUUGUUUUGUUCUGUCCAGCGUGGCUCAGUGGCAGAGCCUGAGGCCACACACACACGCAUUCCGCCUGCCUCAGCGUUGGCACGAAGCCAGCCCAGGGUGCUGGUCCUCUCACCUAGACCUGGCGGCCUUUGGGGCCGAGUGGGGAGCGCCCAGGGGUCCAUGAGGUGGAGUUCCCGCGGGAAGAGGAACCGGUCCCAUCAGCUCCACCAGCGGAAAGGAACCAAGGUCACACCUGCCUGCCCACACUCACAGGAAGUGGGUAAGUGCGUGCAGGGAGUCCUGCAGAGUGCGUGUGAGUCCAUGCACCGCGUGGAUGUCCUUCCUGGCCCAGGCCAAGGCCACAGAUCUCUCUGCUCCGAUUCCCCAGCCCACGCACUGCUCUCAAAGCAGCGGCCCUUGGGGAAAACCGGCUCCACCCAACGGCACAGAGCAGCCCUGGUGACCUUUCCUGCCAGCUGUGCUCCGUGGGUCAACCACUAGGGAAGGUAGAACCGUGCGGGGCACGGAACGGGCAGCGGCCGGCCUCGCUCUUUUCUCCCAGAAGCUCCCUGGCACACACCCGCCCCUCGGGGCCAGCUUUGCACGCCCUAAAGGUGUUUGCCGGGAAAUCCUGUUUAACCCUGACCCCACAAAGGCUCGACAUCACCCCAAGAGUAGUAGCCCUGGGCUGCGAGACAGCCCGGGAACAAAGUUCCUUCCGCAACCUCCCAUCAGGAGUUGCCCGCAGGGAAAACCCCGCCCGGCCGCCGCGCGGACCGCGCUGGCGCGCGGCCCGGCGUCGGGGCGUCGGGGCCGGAGCGGGCAGGUCUGCGCUCUGCAGGAGGCGUCGUUAGCAGACGUCGGGCGUCACGGAGGCGCUCGGCUGGAAAGCAGGUCCGUCUGCGGGCUCUGCGGUACCCCCAGGCGGCGGCGUCUCCAGCCACGUGAGCGGCACCGUGGGUCCCACUUGCCGUCACUUUCUCGAGUCCCGUCAAGGGGCAGAGGCGCCCAGGGCCGCGUAGGCCAGAGGCCGGAGCUCUCCAUCCCCACUCAAGACCACAGACAGACACCACCAACGCCGUCGCCCCGCGGGCGGACCUGCUGUCAGCAUUUCGCAGCAGCCUCCACUAAGCGAGAGACGGGCCGAGACAAAAGAUCCGGGGCUUCCUCUCGCAAGGAGCGCCGCGCGGACAGCAGGGGGACCAGAACCAACAGCCCGGUUUGUCUGGGCGGACACAGCGCGGCCCAGAACGCGGCUUUCCGGCGCCUCUAUUGGCCUGUUGCAGCCAACCUUUCCGGUCUCCUAGCAACUCCCAAGAUGGCCUGCGCGCGAGGGAUCCUGGGCAGUGUCGUCCCUUCCCUAACUCCGUAGUCCACUCCAGGGCCGGGAGCCUGGGACCGAGGAGUCCUAGACUACACUUCCCAGAUCGCUCCGCGCGCGCCUUCUACGGCCUCGCGAGCACCCUGUGCCGGAACCCACCUGGCGAGAGUUAGCUCUCGCACGGACCGCCGGGAUGUGUAGUUUUGGUCUGGGAGUCUCGCGCCCUAGAACCUGGGCUGCGGCAGCGGAGAGACUACAAGUCCCAGGGGUUACGGCGCGACCGCCUGGAGGGCGGGGGGUACGAAAGAGGAACCCAAAGGGCGCGGGGACCCCGACUCCGGGACAUGGCGCUCCAGCGUGCCGUCCUCCUGGCCGGCCUCCUGGCGGAAGUCGCCGGCAAGUCCUCAGAGAGCGUGGGCCAGCAGCCCGAGUGUUGUGUGGACGUGGUGGACUCCAACACCACCUGCCCGGGCACGAGCCUGUGCGGCCCAGGCUGUUUCCGGCGCCGGAACGAGGACGGGAGUGCCAGCUGCGUCCGGUGCCACGGCGGGCCCCACAACGGCUCCGAGUGCAGAAGCCGGGGCCCUCAGGUGGCAGCCUCUCUCUUCCUGGGGACCUUCUUCCUCAGUUCCAGCCUCAUCCUCUCGGUGGCUGGCUUCUUCUACCUCAAGCGCGCCAGCAAACUGCCCAGGCUCUGCUACGGAAGGAACAAAGCCCCGGCCCUGCAGCCUGGCGAAGCCGCCGCGAUGAUCCCCCCACCACAGUCCUCAGUGCGGAAGCCACGCUACGUCAGGCGGGAGAGGCCCUCGGACAGGGGCGCGGGCCCCGCCGCUGUCUCCUUGGUGGAGGCCCGGGUCAGCAACGUCUGACCCCGAGGCUCACCCGCAGCUCUGCACGCCGCCGAGGAGGAGGCCCCGACCACACGGCCGGGCUCUGUCCCGGGAGGCUUCCGGACAGUCCUGGACUUGCCCCGGCCCAGCCCUCGUCUCCCAGCAAUGGGCGCUGCCGAGCGGGAACCGGGGGCUCCUGAAGAGGCUGCGCUGCCGAGCCAGGCCGCGAGGGAGGCCACGAGGGCCGCGGCCCCGGGACGGACAGCCCAGCGGGCAGACACCUGUCCAAGGGCAGUGAGGCAGAGGCCUUGGGGCGUCCCAGCCGGUGCCCGGACUGGGGUGGAGGACAGGGGCUCAGCACCAGCCCUGGAGGCCGAGACCCCCGAGCCUGUGAGCCCUCGUUUCCAGGAGCCGCGGGAGCGAGUCGCCGGGGUCCUGGGGGUUUCUGUCUGUGAGCGAGGUGCGUUUGUGGAAGCGCCUGGGCCCGACGCACGGCGGGCUUUGCCCACCCAGGACGGCACUGCCUGCAGCUGCAGGGACCACGGCUCCCGCGGAAGGCGUGUUUGGGGCCGUCCUUCCCAGACCCUCAGCCGAGGUCCGCACUCGCGCCCUCGGAGUCUGGUCCAGGUCCGAGGAGCCCGAGACGGGGCUCGCGCAGUCGGCCGCCCGCGCCCUCCGUGUGGCGGCGCCGGCUCCAGUGCGCACACGCGUGUGCGUCCUCCCGUCCGGCGGCAGAGAGGGCAGGCGCCCUGACACCGCGUCCAAUAAACUCCUGGGCUUCCCCUUCCUGU